UGCUCUCGCAUCGGAAUUAAUUCCCCAAUAUGGUGCCGUCCCCGUCGGAAUUUCCCUUAGGGGGUUCAGCGUAAAAAAAUCAAAAAACACAUCCACAAAACCGUUCAUUUCCUCAGCCAAUCGGAACGAAGCACUUAUAAAAACGUAAACAAACGAUGUCCAUGAGAAGAUUCAGCACUUUCAGAUCGUUGCAAAAGGCCACCGAAGAAGUUGUGAACGUACUGGACCAAGCACCAAACCGUGCGAGCACAUGGUCUCACUCACAGGCCUCAAGAGCCAGCGUGAUUAAGCAUGCAAAGUUUCUUCAGAAGGAUCUCUCCAAGCAACCAAGAGCGCCAGCUGCGAUUGAGCUGAUUGCUAAGGAGCCUGUCAGAUUCGUCAAUGACCGUAUUGCUGUCUGUCAAGGCAACAAAGGCCAUGGCCAAGGACAUCCAAAGGUCUACAUCAACUUGGAGGCCAAGAGACCACACUCGUGUGGUUACUGUGGGUUGAGAUACGCCAUGGAGAGUUACAAGGAUGAGAUCUAAGGCGCCUCUCUCCUUGUCUCUGUCGAUCUAUUUAUUUAUUUAUUGCCAUCACCAUUCGAUUCUUCCCACAUCCAUCU